UUUUGUGCGAGUUAUGUAGUGCGUUAUAUCAAUUGUUAGACAUGGAGUGUACUUGAUGAAGUAGCGAAAAUUUCCCAAUUGAAAAAGAUUUUUGGUAGCGAAAUCCGGCCUUGGUGCAAUAUUUGGAUGUCUGUUCCGGCUCAAUGCCUCUUACUUUGUUGCAAAAAUUCUACGCAAAUGCAUUAAGAAAUGACUAAGAAUGUCGAACGACUCGUCUAACCUGCGCGACUCUCCAUUAACGACCAACUCCAGCGUGGAGGACGCCACCACCCACGUCCAAAAACUGGCCCUCGCCGGCCUCCUCAGCGUGGUCAUCGUCGUGGUGAUCAUCGGCAACACUCUCGUUAUUUUGGCUGUGAUAACAACAAAGAGAUUACGUACAGUAACCAACUGCUUCGUCAUGUCUCUAGCAAUCGCCGAUUGGCUCGUGGGCGUCUUCGUUAUGCCUCCGGCCGUCGCCAACACUCUGAUGGGUGCUUGGGAACUCGGCUGGAUCCUGUGCGACAUCUGGGUCUCGCUCGAUAUCCUCCUGUGCACCGCAUCGAUACUGAGUCUGUGUGCCAUAAGCGUGGACCGAUACUUGGCCGUGACUCAGCCUCUGAGUUACUCCAGGAGACGGCGCUCGAAGAGGUUGGCCUUCACCAUGAUCCUGGUGGUGUGGAUGAGCUCGGCGCUUAUCACGUGUCCGCCCAUGUUCGGAUGGUACGAGCCAGGAAGGCACGAAGAGAAGAACUGCAGAUACAAUAAGAAUACGGGUUAUGUGAUUUUUUCAGCGAUGGGUUCAUUUUUUAUACCCAUGAUGGUCAUGUUAUACGUUUACGUGAGGAUAUCGUGUGUGGUGGCGCAGAGACACGACCAACUCGCACAUAUCGACACCCAUUCGAGGAAAAGCCAAAAACUCGUCAUCAGCGUUAAAGAGGAGUCUGACGUUGAUCGAGUUUCCUCUGAAUGUGAAGAUCAAAACUUGCGAUGUCCCAGGUAUUUUCGUCAGAUAAGUGAUGCAUGCGGCCAGUCCGCGGAACCUCUCAACCACGAGCAACGUAAAUCUCUCGGCAGUCGUUCUCUCCGCUCGCCGUUGAAUUAUUCCUUCAAUCAUGAACCUCUGACAGCCCAGCGCUCCGCCAGCCUCUACCGGCCGCCGUCGUUCACGCCGCAACGCUCCCGGCCCGAAUCCCUCAAUUUCGACGCGUCGGUUUUGAACUUCGAGCCGGCGACGCGCGUCUCCUCCUUCCGAAGAGAAACAAAGACAGCACAGACCCUCAGCAUCGUCAUGGGAGGAUUCAUCGCCUGUUGGCUACCCUUUUUCAUUUUUUAUUUAUUGACGCCGUUCAUUCCCAGCAAUCAAGUCAAUUCAUUGAUCAUGUCGUAUUUGACGUGGUUGGGAUGGUUCAAUUCCGCCAUAAAUCCGUUUAUUUACGCGUUUUAUAGUCCGGAUUUUAGGAUAGCCUUCUGGAGAUUGACUGUUAAGCAUUUUUCAAAGACACGAAGGGCCGACUUUGCCUUUCAACACAAGUGAGGGCGGGGGAAGAACAUGUUCGAUUCUAGUCACAGUAUUUUAUAGUUGUUAUUUAUAUUGUAAUAUUGUAAUUUAUUCGUUGAGGCAACGCGCACGACGGGCGAAUAAGCGAGCGAAUAUUCGCGUGUUGGGGCAAUUGGCCCGUUCACACAGUUUUUUUUACAAAUAAGGUGAAGAGGGAUUGGUAAAAACUUAAUACCACAAUCAAUUAAUUGUACAAAACCACUCAUUGUGAAAUAAUUGGUAAAUUCGUAGCAGAUUUCAAUCCAGUUUCUGUCUCUAUCAUCAAGUAUUUAAUUUAUUUGCGACAAAACGGCAACGAGAAAUGUUUUUAAUUGGAUCGGUCAUGCCUAAAAUUGAGAUUGCAACUACAUUGUAUGGCGUAAUCGAUGUCAAAUUUUUUAUUAUUCUUUCUGACCCGUGUGAGUUCAUCUGAAAGGAAGUAAUAAAAACCUUAUAAUAAAAAUAAUAAGGAUGUCGGAUGGGGUUUAUUCGUAACAUUUAUAUGCUCACAUUGUUCGAUGUAUAAAACAAAGAAAAUAUAGAACAGACUGGUGAGCUAUGACUUAUGGAAAGCACGUCUAAGUUUGACACAAUGUUGAUUUGAAUUUUUAAAAUAAGUAAAAUAUGUGAAGAUGGAAUGUAGAAUCAUGUUACAUUGUGGAAAAAUAGUUUGUUUUCUAUAAAUGUUGAGAAAAUUUCAUUCAUUCAUUUUUAAAAUAAGUAAAAUAUGCGAAGAUGGAAUAUGGAAUCAUGUUACAUUGUGGAAAAAUAGUUUGUUUUCAAUAAAUGUUGAGGAAAUUUCAUUUAAAUCUAAUCUAAUCUAAACAGAUAUUUAAAAUGGGAAAAUGUUAUUUGAUUUUGUAAAUAUUAGAUACGUGUACAGGUACAGGGUACAGGUGUACCAAAAUUUCGACAGCCAAAGAGACAAUUUCUUGGUGAUAAUUAUGUUAAAUAUACAGGAUGAGUCAUUUAUAAUAAAGACCCUAACCUAUUUUCAGACGCAACCCAUUCAUGACACCCAAUUCCACUUUUUUCCCCUUAAAUUCAAACUGUACUAAAACGACAAAAAAACAUGUGUUUGAUAUAUGGAAAAAGGCACAAAAAAUCUGUACCGUCAUAUGUACAGGGUGCUGCAUUUUGGAUGUCCGAAUAGGGAAUCUCCGAAACCAAGAGGUUGUAAUACGUUCUGGGGCUCAUUUUUUGAGAAAAUAAUAUUGGUUAA